AUGUUCGACACCCGCUUGGUUGAGCCAUUGGCCAUCGAUACCGGAUCUGCGCUGGCCUCCAAAGCCAACGCCUUUUCGUCUGCCUUUGAGUACACCGAGGAGCAGGUGUCCACCCCUACGACCGGCUCGCGGAGCCGUGCCAAUAGCCUAUCCUUCCACCACGCCGACAUCGCCGAUCUUUCGCCCAAGCGGCAGAUUCCUCCCAUGAAGCUAGCCACCGAUGGGCGCUACACGCCCAGCCCCGAACAGCCCCCCGCGCUGUUCGUGCGGGCCAUGUAUGACUACGAUGCAGACGACCACACCAGCCUGAGUUUCCAGAGGGGCGACAUCAUCCAGGUGUUGAACCAGCUCGACACCGGCUGGUGGGAUGGUGUCAUCAACAACAGCGUUCGGGGCUGGUUCCCCAGCAACUACUGUACCGUGAUCACCGAUCUGGACGAACUCGACGAGGUGCCGGAAAUCACCCACACACACACUCUGGAGAACGAGGACGUGAGCGCGGAGUCGGGCUUGGGCGAGGACUACGAGGAGGAGCCAGAGGGAGACGACGUUGACUCAGCAAGCAAUUCUCGCGACUCGCAGCCGAUUCUUCCCAUUGAGGGGGUCCCGGCUCCCAAGGAGCAGGAGGAGGCCGCCUUCUGGAUCCCUCAGGCGACCCCCGAUGGCCGCUUGUUUUACUUCAACACUCUCACCGGCUAUAGCACCAUGGAGCUGCCGUUUGAGAACCCGGCUGCCAACGAAACGAGCCCUUACGACCGCAGCAACUUUCUCGUGCCCGAUCAGACUCGACCUCCGCCGGAGUUGAUGGCACGUGGGUUCGAACGGGACGAGGAUGAUUACGAUGGCUCCGCAUCCGAAGCGGAGGGCGAGUCGUUGAUGCUUACCUCCCGCGAUUCCAUGUCCCGCCGACGCCAAUCCUACCUCGACGGCGUGUCACCCGCAACCUCCAUGGACUCGCUACACCCCCCGUCCACCAAAUCCAUCAUCGAGGGCAAAACCUCUCACCAGUCGCUCCUCUCACACAAGCUAUAUGGCUCCGCGACCGCCAGCAGUAACAACUCCAUUUCCGAUCACAUCCACCGGCCGUCGGUUUCCUCGGAAGUCCCGUCGCACUUCGUCGACGACGGUGCCUCGGUCAACCUUACCUGGCCCCUGCUCAUUGAUAAUAUGCGUCACGCCGUUGAAGCCUAUCGCCAGACGUUGAUGAACGGCGAUCGGUCGGAAUACGUCAGAAAAGCGGAAGAUAUCUCCGACCAUCUGCGCAUGUUGCUGGCUGCUGGCUCGGAUACGACUGACAACCACUCGGGAAACCCGUCCAUCAUCUCCACCAACAAGACCCUCUACCCCCACUUCAGAGAUAUGAUGUCCAAGUUCUCGAAGCUGGUGCUCUCGUCGCAUAUUGCAGCUGCAGAUUGGCCGGGUCCCGAUUCCACCAACAAGUGUCUGCAAGAGGCGGACGGCGUGAUGCAGGGAGUCUAUGGCUACGUCGAAGUUGCCAGACAGCAGCGCGGCGAGACGAUUAACCGCAUCGUUCCUGGGUUCCUCGUGGGUAGUUUUGCGGGUGGCUGCUGGCAGAACAAUGGCGUGUCUGUUGGCGACUCUGGACCGACCUCGUUCCUGGAUCAAGAUGCGAGCGAUUCGCGAGCUGAACCGUCAGUGACCCUCGAUGCGGCCCUGAUUGACCACAUCGAUGUUCUUCGGAGAUCGUUUGUGGGCAGUAUCCGUCGGCUAGAGGAGCGGCUGACCCUCAACGAUAAGAAAAUUGUCACCAUCGCAGAACACGAAGAACUCAGCAAUUCUGUUUCCACUGCCGCCCUGAAGGUCGUCGAACAGUUCCGUCCCUGGAUGUCUGCGGUCGAGUCCAUCAACUUGGCGCCACUCGGAACCAGCUUCCAGAACCCCCAGUUGGUUGACUUCAGCUUGCAGAAGCAGAGAGUGUACGAUGCGAUUGCCGACUUUGUCAUCAGCUGCCAAGCGGUGUCGGCGCCCCUGGGCGAUGAAUGGGCUGAGCUGCGUGGUGACUCGCUUGAUGACCGCUUGAUCGCUGUUCGGGGUGUCCACAGGCAGAUCGAGAACUACGUUUCGCAGAUCGGAUUCUCGCUUUCCCUUCUGCUGGAGCAGGUCCCCGAGCCAACCCAGGUCUUCCGCACGGAAAGUCGCAUGGGUGGAGAUAACAUCGGAGCCAAGAGCAUCCACAGCCGGUCAGAGUCCCAAUCGGUAGCUCCCACGGAGUCCAUUGGCAUCCCAUCCUCCUACGCCGUGGAUAAUUCCUCGCAUAAAGUGCGACGCAACAUGGACAAGGCGCAGCGCUUCUUCGGGCAAGCUCCCCCAGCGGCAAUCCCGCGAGAACCACCAGUUCGAGAGCCCGUUCGAGAGCCAGAAGAGACGCCCUGGUUCCUCAAGAUGGACCACGAAGGCGAAGUGUUCUACGAUACGAAGAAUGACAAUCCGACCCUGAAGUGCGGAACCCUGGCAGGGUUGGUGGAGCACCUGACCCGGCACGACAAACUUGAUGCGUCAUUCAACAACACCUUCCUGCUCACCUAUCGCUCGUUCACGACUGCCGAGGAGCUCUUUGAGCUGAUCACACAACGCUUUAACAUCCAGCCCCCGUUUGGUCUCAACCCGGAUGAAAUGCAAAUGUGGGUUGACCGGAAGCAGAAACCCAUCCGUUUCCGCGUCGUCAACAUCUUGAAGAGUUGGUUUGAGAACUUCUGGAUGGAGCCCAACGACGAUGCGCACAUGGGCCUCCUGCAGCACGUCCAUGCGUUUACUAAGGACUCGAUCGCGACUACGAAGACCCCGGGUUCACCGCAACUGCUGGCGGCUAUCGAGCAGCGUCUCAGGGGGCAGGACAACAGCGUCAAGCGCCUUGUUCCCACACAGGCGACUGCCGCCCCGACGCCGAUCAUCCCGAAGAACAUGAAGAAACUGAAGUUCUUGGACAUCGACCCCACCGAAUUUGCCCGCCAGCUCACCAUCAUCGAGUCGCGACUCUACUCGAAGAUUCGGCCUACGGAGUGUUUGAACAAGACGUGGCAAAAGAAGGUCGGGCCGGACGAACCGGAGCCUGCGACCAACGUGAAGGCCCUGAUUCUUCAUUCGAACCAGCUGACGAACUGGGUUGCGGAGAUGAUUCUCACCCAGUCGGAUGUGAAGAAGCGCGUGGUCGUCAUCAAGCACUUCGUCAAUGUUGCUGAUAAAUGCCGCGUUUUCAACAACUAUUCUACGUUGACUUCGAUUAUUUCCGCCCUCGGCACGGCGCCCAUUCACCGACUGGGACGGACGUGGGCCCAGGUCAGCGGACGUACGUCUACAAUCCUGGAACAGAUGCGCCGGCUCAUGGCGAGCACGAAGAACUUUGGCGAAUACCGAGAGACGCUCCAUCUGGCUAACCCGCCCUGCAUUCCCUUUUUCGGUGUCUAUCUCACGGAUCUGACCUUCAUCGAAGACGGCAUUCCGUCCCUCACGCCGUCGGAACUGAUCAAUUUCAACAAGCGCGCCAAGACGGCGGAGGUGAUCCGGGACAUCCAGCAGUACCAGAACGUGCCGUAUCUGCUGCAGCCGGUACCGGAGCUGCAGGACUACAUUCUCAGCAACCUACAGUCGGCGGGCGAUGUGCAUGACAUGUACGAUCGGAGCUUGGAAGUGGAACCCCGCGAGAGGGAGGACGAAAAGAUUGCGAGGUAUGCUAAAUCCGGUGGAGAGGUGAGCGCCUUGACUCUCGCGAGCAUGGUAGUGUCAACGCGUUGA